UUUUUCUCAAAUUAUCUAUCACACAAAAAUGUCAGCCAUAAAAUUUUUUGAUUUGAAAAAAUAGAAAGGCUUAAAUUUUCUUCCAAAUUGUUUAUAUAACGUCAAUAAUUAGUGCACAAUAACAAGAAAAAUAAAAGCAAAAUUUUAUCAAGUCAUUGUUAAUUCAUAUAUAUUUGCAUUUUGUCCAGCUUGAAGAAAAAAUUGUGAAAUAUUUGAAGAAAUAGAAAAGCCGGUGUAACAGUUUUGAAAAGUUAUUAUUUUUCAGAUAUUUCUUAGUCUUUCCGAAACACCUCCACAGCUCAAUGUACAAAUUUACACAUUUCGACAAAAAGCUUUGUCGAUUUCUGCGCCACAAAUUCGAUCUUGCCGUGGACGAUUGCGAUGUCUACUCAAUUUGGCAUUUUUGUCCAGGCGCUCGCUGGAGAGCGAUCAAAAACUUUUUGCUGGAAAGUUCGCUGUGUCAAGCUGAGUGGUUUCCCGUCAUCUAUUGGGUGGUGCUAGCGAUCAGCACGCUUGGAUCGUUCUAUAGCCUUAGUGAGUUUACCAGCCUUUACUGGGGUGGACGCAAACGUGUUUCUAUGUGGCGUUCGCGCAAAUACUACGUCAUACCCUAUUCGGUGUUGCGCAAAUGUCGCCUGGUUGGGUCUUUAGUGAUGCUCAAUGCAUGGUUGCUACUUUGGUAUGCAGUUAUUAAUGUUUCGCCUGGUCACAUGACGCCUUGGCUUACCAUCAAUAUGUUUGUGUUGAGCUUUGAACUGAUGGCUUGGCUGGUGGAGGUAUUGGUUGGCGCCACUAAAUUGGAUCUGCACACACUCUUCACCUUUUGCCUUCCGGUGGCGAAUUACUUGUUUGUGCGUUGUGUGCGCAAUGUAUUCCAGAAUGCCAUCGAAACGAACGAUGUCGACGACUUGCGCCUGUGGAAGCGUGGCUUCAAGUGAUUUCGUGGUGUUCUAUUUAUAUCCCUACAUACAAGUAUAUUUAUACAUAUAGUCGGGGAAGCAGUGUUACCCCUGUUGAUGGCAUCCAGCGUAUAUUUGGUCGUUUUUCGUAACUGCAUAUUUUAUUUAAUUAUUUGUAUGUGUAACUGAGGAGGGUCUGUAUGAAAAUAUUGUGAGCGCUUUUUGCAUAUUUUUGGUAAUAAGUGUAAAAAUUUUAAUGAAAUAAGUGAAGUGUUCAAGAGCGUUGCUCAAGUGGCAGCACUCCAAAGGUGGAGAGUAUAAGUUCGUGGUUAAUUUUCCGACUUGGAUAUUUUUCUGCCUUAAAUACAUGUGAUCUUAUACCAACUAUUUCCUUCUAAAUAACAUUUUUAAAGAAUUUACUUGAAUUUGGAAA